CACGCAAUAUCCACCACAGACGACAAGGCCACCCCCUACAGCCCGACAAUCCCUCUCUUCCGCUGCAUCGAUAAUAAUGUCUGCUACUAGUCUCUUAAAUCCUAAAGCUGAAUCAGUCCGUCGCGGGGAAGCUCUCCGAGUGAACAUCGCUGCUGGUGAAGGGUUGCAGGAUGUUUUAAAAUCGAACCUGGGCCCCUCGGGGACACUAAAGAUGCUUGUUGAUGGGUCGGGUCAGAUUACAUUGACUAAGGAUGGGCAGAAGCUGCUGCGUGAAAUGACAAUUCAGAAUCCUACAGCUGUGAUGAUUGCGAGGGCAGCAACGGCCCUUGAUGACAUCGCUGGUGAUGGAACUACUAGUGUAGUACUAUAUGUCGGGGAGCUCCUGAAACAAGCAAGAAGAUAUAUCGAGGAGGGUUUACAUCCCCGUAUUAUCACUGAAGGUUUUGAGCAUGCUAAAGUCGAGGCGCUUAAAUUCCUAGAUGGCUUUAAGAUCGCUCGCGAACCAGACCGCGAGCUCCUACUCUCGGUGGCUCGCACUUCCCUUUCCACCAAACUUAACAAAACCCUUGCCGAAUCUCUUACCCCCGCUAUUGUCGAUGCUGUUUUGACAAUCUACAGUCCUCCAGCGAAACCCGAUCUGCACAUGAUAGAAAUUAUGAAGAUGCAACACCGGACCGUCUCGGAGACACAAUUGAUUCGUGGUUUAGCGCUGGACCAUGGUGCCCGCCACCCGGAUAUGCCGAAACGUGUAGAGAAUGCACACAUCCUUACUCUCAAUGUCUCCUUGGAGUACGAGAAGAGUGAGGUAAACUCCGGCUUCUUCUACUCAUCUGCAGAGCAGAGGGAGAAGCUUGUUGAGAGCGAAAGGAGGUUUGUUGAUGAGAAAUUGAGGAAGAUUGUUGAAUUGAAGAAAGAAGUUUGCGGAAAUGACCCCAAGAAAGGGUUCGUUAUCAUCAAUCAGAAGGGAAUUGAUCCUUUGAGUUUGGAUGUUCUUGUAAAGAACGGUAUCUUUGCUCUUCGACGGGCCAAGAGGAGAAACAUGGAGCGUCUACAGUUGGUAUGCGGUGGUGUAUCUCAGAACAGUGUUGACGACUUGACCCCCGAUAUCUUAGGUUGGGCUGGAACCGUUUAUGAGCAUACACUUGGCGAGGAGAAGUACACCUUCAUUGAAGACGUCAAGAACCCAAAAUCUGUCACUCUACUCAUCAAGGGUCCCAACGCACACACCAUUACUCAAAUCCAAGACGCAGUCCGUGAUGGGUUGAGGAGUGUUUAUAACAUGAUUGUCGACGGCUCGGUCGUUCCAGGAGCUGGCGCUUUCCAAGUUGCCUGCGCAGCGCAUCUUACCGGCGAAGCCAUGCGAAAGUCCGUCAAGGGCAAAGCAAGAAUGGGGGUACAGGCAUUCGCAGACGCUCUAUUGGUUAUUCCCAAGACCCUUGCGGCGAAUGCUGGUUUUGAUAUUAUGGACUCCUUGGCGGCUCUGCAAGACGAACAGGCGGAGGGCAACAUUGUCGGAAUCGACCUCAACAGUGGGGAGCCCAUGGAUCCUGUAUCGAGAGGGGUUUUCGACUCUUUCCGCGUUCUCCGGAAUUCGAUUGCUAGUGCGUCAAGCAUUGCUAGCAACCUUUUACUCUGCGACGAGCUGCUUAAGGCAAGACAGAUGGGUUCGAAAAGUGGACCGGGCGGUGCACCGGAGGAAUAAGUGCGAUGAUGAUAUGAUAUGGAAAAUUUUAGACUUCAGAUGGGAAAAGGGCUUAAAACUGAACGGAUAAAUAAAAGGCCUCCCCACAUUUGCUUGG